AUGUCCGCUAUCCAGAACCUCCACUCUUUCGACCCCUUUGCUGAUGCAAGUAAGGGUGAUGACCUGCUUCCUGCUGGCACUGAGGAUUAUAUACAUAUAAGAAUUCAACAGAGAAACGGCAGGAAGACCCUUACUACUGUUCAAGGGAUCGCGGAUGAUUACAAUAAAAAGAAAUUAGUGAAGGCGUUUAAGAAGAAAUUUGCCUGCAAUGGUACUGUAAUUGAGCAUCCAGAAUAUGGAGAAGUAAUUCAGCUACAGGGUGACCAGCGUAAGAACAUAUGCCAGUUCCUUGUAGAGAUUGGACUGGCGAAGGACGAUCAGCUGAAGGUUCAUGGGUUUUAAGUGCUUGUGGCUCACUGAAGCUUAAGUGAGGAUUUCCUUGCAAUGAGUAGAAUUUCCCCUCUG